AUUAUGUAGUAAUGUCCAACUUCCUGUAAAACAUCAACAAAUACAGCAAACAGAAAUUCUGAAUGUAGAUUUCAUUGACAACAUCCACUUCCCCUAAAAAGUCCACCGAGCAGAACCAGCUGAUCCACUUCCGCAACAUCAACCAUAUUUUUGUAGCUCCUCAUGUUUCCUAGGGUAAUUUUCUAUGUCUAGUUUACAAAUAUGAUUACAAAAACAACCAAAACAAAACAAAUCGACUGGGCCUUUAAAUUCAGACGCAUUAUCAUAUUCCACUGGACCAAAUUCGUCGUAGAUAAAUUCUUAAAACAAUGUGCCUAUUACACGAGUAAUUUUCUGUUUGACCGUGUGAUUUUGAAUGUCAAAAUGUCUUUCUAGUUAUAUUAAAAAGUUACGACGAUAAUUAUGACAGUGACGACGACCCGGGAUCGGUGCUCUAUUAAGUCUGUCUGUCAGAGAAGGUGGUCCUCGCGGAAGUACUGACGUGUUCGCAGAGGAUCACUUUCAGGGAGCUCGUACGCGACGGCAAUCCCGCAAAGCGUAGGGACACAACGACAUCGCCGGGUAGGAUGUCAGAGGGUGACAGUGUUGGGGAGGCCAUUCAUGGCAAACCAUCAGUCAUCGGCAGCUUCUUCACACGGCUUGGUCAGAUCUAUCAGUCAUGGCUUGACAAGUCGACACCCUUCUCAGCUAUGCGGUGGAUUUUCACUCUUCUUUUAAUUGUUAUUUACAUGAUCAGAGUGUAUUUACUGCAGGGAUGGUACAUAGUCACCUAUGCUCUUGGGAUCUACCAUCUCAACUUGUUUAUCGCUUUCCUGUCGCCAAAAGUGGACCCAUCGCUCCUGGAGGACACAGAUGAAGGACCAGAGUUGCCCACAAAGCAAAAUGAAGAGUUUCGGCCAUUCAUCAGAAGACUGCCUGAAUUCAAAUUCUGGUAUUCUGCCACCAAAGGAGUCGUCAUUGCGAUGGUCUGCACCUUCUUUGACGCUUUCAACGUUCCAGUGUUUUGGCCAAUCCUCGUCAUAUACUUCAUCAUGCUCUUCUGCAUCACCAUGAAGAGACAGAUCAAGCAUAUGAUCAAGUACAGAUAUAUACCCUUCACGCAUGGGAAGAGGACCUACAGAGGCAAGGAGGACACAGGGAAAACUGUUGCUAGUUAAAACUUUUCCAUCUAAAACGAAAGUAAUCAUUUAAAAUAUGUUAUGGGGAGGGAAUUUGUGGGGGAGGAGCGGGUGUCAUGAUAGUGUUAACGAGAUAGAUUGGGUGGGGCGUAGAUUUUGUAAACAAAUUAUGCCUUUGAUACAAAGAGUUUCCUUCCUGGAGCUGGAUGGGGAGCAGCUGGGAAGCUUUAUAUUCCAGCAGGGAAAUGCAAAGCCUUCCUCACUGUGCAGGUUAGCUGGAUUGGUUUUGGGGGUUCAGUGCCGCGGGUGUAGCAGCAACUUAGGUCUGGCUGCAGACAAGCACUUCAGAUCCGCAGCCCUUUCAGAAGCUGACUUGGAAAUCCAGCCCGCCAGCGAUCUUGGUCCAGUUGUCGCUCACAUAUUUGCCUAACUGCCUGUAAACAUUUUCCCCCUCAUUUUGAGGAUCUUCUGUGAGUGUUUCGGCAAAGUUUUGAAUCAAUAAGUAUUAUUUCUCUCUCCACGGUUUUAAUGCAACGAUCUCCGUCAUCUCCAGCCUCCCUGCACACAGACGCAAAAAAGCAUCGCAGUUGUUCUGGAUCCUCAACUAAACCAUAGGACAUUUCCCUUGCUUCAGCUCGAUGCUGAGUUUUCUCUCUCAAUAGUGUCAAGCUAUGUUGACGCUUUCAGCUGUAAGAAAGCUGUACAAAAUCAGUUUGCACUCCAGAUUUGAAUUUAAAUGCUUUGGGCAAAAGUUAAAUCACACUGUUGUCUUGCAAAUUAACACAUUUUAUUUGUAUCACUGUUAUUUUAAAAUCUCCCUGAUCAGCAUAAAUACAUCCCAUAAUUCAUA